CUCGCAUUCAUCUCUUCCCCAACUGCGUCAACAGCAAGGCUGCCAUUUCCAUUCCACCUAGUAUAUAUACGCACCCCAUCGGAGAAAGCCCGGUUUCACAGCAAUAAGCCAGAGAUUGAGCAAUGGAUCCGCCAGGUUGCCCAUCCGCUCUAGGGGUUCACCUGCCCCCCUCGGUUGGGGUGGAAAGAAGCAUCCCCAUUGCCAUAGUCGGGAUCGGCUGCCGGCUUCCGGGCGACAUUUCCAGUCCUUCCCAUCUCUGGGACUUUCUGGCAGAAGGACGCUCCGGUUUAGGCGAGGUCCCCAAAAGCCGUUUCAACAAUGCGAGCUAUAUUGGCGGCAGCGAUGAGCCAGCAACCACACGUCCCUGGGGCGGAUAUUUUCUGCGCGAAGACAUUCGAAACUUUGACAAUGAGUUCUUUGGGAUUAGUAAUCGGGAGGCGGCCGUCAUGGACCCUCAGCAGCGGAAGGUACUCGAGGUUGUGUUCGAAAGCUUGGAGAGUGCCGGAGUGACCCUGGAUGAGGUCUCCGGAGCCAAUGUGGGAGUCUAUAUGGCAUCGUUCUCACAUGACUACAUUGCCCUGCAGACGAAGGAUCCGAAUAGCUUGACCCUGCAUAGCCAUCAGGGGAUGGGGGUCACCAUCCUCGGGAACCGCAUCAGCCAUGUUUUCAAUCUGAAAGGUCCGAGUUGUACAUUGGACACGGCGUGUUCCUCGUCCCUUUAUGCCCUUCACCUCGCUUGUACAGCGUUACAGAAUGGCGAUUGCGAUGCUGCGGUUGUUGCGGGCGUCAACCUGAUUCAAUCUCCUGACCUACACAUUGCCGUUUCCCAGGGAGGGGUUCUUUCGCCAACGUCUCAGUGUCACACCUUUGAUGCCUCGGCUGAUGGGUAUGCCCGUGCCGAUGGCGUCAACGCGAUAUACAUCAAACGACUGGACGACGCCAUUCGGAAUCACGACGUUGUCCGAUCGAUCAUCCGUGGAACUGCUACUAACAGCAACGGUCGCACCCCUGGCAUUGCACAGCCUAGCAUUGAUGGCCAGGAGGCCGUCGUUCGCAAGGCCUAUGCAAGAGCAGGAUUGGACCCAGGCCAAACGGCCUACGUGGAAACGCAUGGAACCGGCACCAAGGUUGGAGACCCGGUCGAAGUGGAAGCCCUAUCCCGAGUCUUCCGUAAAUACCAACGGGCAUCUGCGACGCUGCUUGGCUCAGUGAAGCCGAACCUUGGUCAUGGCGAAGCGACUAGUGGCUUGUCCAGCCUGAUUAAAGCAACCUUGGCGUUAGAGCACAAGAAAAUCCCGGCCACCAUCGGCGUCAAAAACAUCAAUCCAGCAAUUCGAGCCAAGGAAUGGGGGGUUGAGGUUGUCACUCGCAUGUCCUCCUUUCCGCAAUCCCCUGGCCGGCAUCCUCACCGCAUCAGCGUCAGUUCCUUUGGUUAUGGCGGUGCAAAUGCUCAUGCUAUCCUGGAAGAAGCCACCUGUCUUCCGAAUCAAGUCUCCUAUACGAAUGGCUGGACAACGGGAGCAGGGGACCAGUCGCUGGGCGAAUUUGCCCUUCCGUAUCUACUCCCCUUCUCUGCGAACCAUCUCCGGUCUCUUGAAGGUCGGGUUGAACGAUUAUCGCACUUGAACCUGUCCGCUGUAUCCUUGCAAGACCUUGCUUAUACACUGGGUGAAAGGCGAUCUCACCUGGCGCGCCGUGGCUACGUGAUUGCCCACCCGAAGACCAUGUCACAAGAUAUCAACGUCGAUAACCUCCGACUGUCCACAACCGGCCGCGGGCUGGUGGAUGAUAAGUUGGCCUUCGUAUUUACCGGACAAGGCGCUCAGUGGAAAGGCAUGGCCCGUCAAUUGCUGCACUUUCCCACAUUUGCCGACACGGUCCGUCAGCUGGAUGCGGACCUCAGCAGUCUUCCACAUCCUCCGGACUGGCGCAUCUUCGACAUCUUGUUAGAUGACUCGGACUGCUGCCCAAUCAACCAGGCGGCAUUUGCGCAACCGAUCACCACUGCCGUUCAGAUUGGUCUGGUAACGCUGUUGCGAUCUUGGUCCAUCCGAGCUGAGGCAGUGAUCGGGCACUCCUCAGGCGAGAUAGCAGCUGCCUACGCAGCAGGUCUGUUGUCGACUCGCGAAGCCAUCAUCCUCGCCUAUUACAGGGGGUACGCCGUGACACAGCAAGCCCCGUCCGGGGCCAUGGCCGCUAUUGGUUUAAACCCCAAGGCCGCACUGGACUGGAUCACGCAGCUCGACCUUUCUGCCACCAUCCAAGUGGCGUGUAUCAACUCACCAUCGAGUGUGACGAUUAGUGGUGACCGGGAAGGUAUCGAGACCAUCAUUGCUGCUCUCCAGGCCGACGGCAUCUUUGCCCGGAUAUUGAAGACGGAUGGGAAAGCGUAUCAUUCACACCAUAUGGCGAGCGUUGGCAAAGGCUAUGAGCAGCUCCUAGUCGAGGCCGCCAUUUUUUCCAGAGACGAGUCCACCACCGUUGUUUCCCACCAGAUACCAAUGUACUCCACCGUCUUUUGCAAGCCCUUGGAGUACCAGCUAGCUCGCACCACGACCUACUGGCGAUCUAACCUGGAGUCUCCGGUGCGGUUCUGCGAAGGUCUAACGGGUCUCUCCGAACUGGUCAAGCAUCCUUCAUGGGUUGAAAUUGGACCACACGCGGCCUUGAAGCUUCCAAUUAUGCAGACAUUGGGACAGUCCGCGUCGUACGUGAGCUCGCUCGAUCGUGGCCAGGACUCCGCGGUGGCCCUCCUUAACCUCAUCGGUCGUCUCUUCGUGCAGGGAUUCAAGGUGGACUUUUCCAAACUUCUCGUCAGUUACCCCCACGAUCGGAACUCCAGAUUUAUCUACGAUCUGCCGACCUAUGCCUGGCACUAUGCGGAACCACUGUGGAACGAAUCACGAACGAGCCGGGAGAGCCGCCAUCGCCAACAUCCCCGACAUGAGCUCCUUGGGGCCGAGGUCCCUGGGGGAAGUCCGACCUCGUUCUCGUGGCGCAACCUCUUGUGUCUCGAUCACGUACCCUGGCUACGAGAACAUAGACUGGGCGAUACAGCUGUUUUUCCGGCCACGGGCUAUAUUGCAAUGGCCCUAGAGGCCCUGGUGCAAAAAGGCUUACCUGCGGGGGUGGACUUGGGCCACGAGUGUGUCGUGCUUCGCGAUGUGGCCUUGGUGAAGGCGCUUCCCUUGGAGGAUGAGGGCUCCGUCGAGCUGUUCACGGAGCUUCGCCGGCUGCCGCUCUCCAACGUCCGGAGCUCCAUGCACUGGUGGGAGUUUCAGAUCUCGACCAUCUUUGAGGAUAGCUCCUAUGCCAUCCGGGCCAAGGGGCUGAUCCGGCUUGACUCCACCCCCGAUUCAACUUACUCGAUCCCAUCAUCUAAUUGCGACCUGACACCUCAAUCUCGCCAUCUGUGGUAUGGAACUAGUGCCCAGCUGGGUCUCGAGUAUGGUCCCACCUUCCAACAAAUGUAUGAUAUCCAAACGCCGGAUUGCAAGGGGGUCUUAUAUGCCGAAGCCCGAACCCAGACGUUGGCCCCAGAUAUCCCUGGCGGCGCUCAGCCUCACCCCCGAUAUUUCCUGCACCCAGUCCUGCUGGAUACAAUUCUUCAGGUUGGUGCCAUUGCAUGCAAUGGUGGAUCAAUUCAAGGGAUGGUGUCCCGGGUUCCAACACACCUCGGGGAGAUCCGCAUGCGCUUGGCCUCCAAGGCCGCCGACGACGGAGGCAGCAUUUGUGCCAUAUCCACGGUGACCAAUUUCAACAAACACCAUGUGACCGCGGCUUUAGUAGACCAUCGACAGGCACCAGUGGCCCAGUUCACCGAUGUUGAAAUGACCACCUUCGUAGGGCCGAAGCGCAGGGAGGCCCGCUAUCCCAUUGGGCGCGUGAACUGGAAGCCCGACAUUACCCAAAUCCCCGACGACUCGGCCUUCUCGUCUGCUCUGACCCGGGUCCUCGCCGUGACUAACCUGGGGGGAUUUGAGGCUCACGCGCGGUUUCUCGCAGCCCUGAAUCUAAUAGUGCACAAGCAGCCGGACUGUCGGAUUCUAUCCCUCACGACGGAUCUCCCCCUCGUAGCCUUAUGCUUGGUGGAGGUGCUAGAUGCCGUGCAGGUUCAUCGACGAUUUGAAACUUUUUCAUUGGGAAGGAUAGGUCUGGAUGGGAUGCUAGAGGUUGCAGACAUUCGUACCUACAGUGCGCCGUUGGAACUUUCCUCCGUGCCUUUCCGCAAGGCCACGCCGGACGAUCAGUUUGGGUUGUGCAUCUUGGGGGAUGGCAUGGCAGUGGCUGACCAACUAGGCUCACAUACUAACGACCGCACGUUCUUCCUGGGGCCUAACACCGCAAUUGUGUCUUUGUUGGCUGGUUCUCAUCUGCCAUUGACUGAUAGCACGCAUCGUGUACAGGUUCUCCGUCCCGUCGUCAAGUUCACUCCUACAUUUUCCCAGAUCAUUCUCAUCGGUGCUGAAUCGGUUGACUCACAGUUGGCUGAAUACUUGAGCGCGGAUUCUGGACUGUCAGUGCAGGCCCUCUCGCUGUAUAAUCUCCUUGCCUGCUCGUCUCCCAUUACGCCACAAACCUUGGUUGUCUCUACCAUCGAGCUGCACCGAUCUGUUCUGGCGGACCCAACAUCGGAGGAGUUUGACGCUUUGAAACAGAUCAUCGAACAUGCUGCCCAUUUAGUUUGGAUUACAGGGUGCGGCGUUCACAAGGGAUUCGAUCCCACGCAGUCCCUCUUCAUCGGGUUGGCUCGGGCCCUCGUCAUCGAGCAGCCCAUGAUGAAGAUCGUCUCGUUGCAGCUGGAUCCGGCUACAGAGGUGGCAGUACUCUCCCACGAUAUCAUGCGAAUUGUACGUCAGGAGGGAUCGGUCGACUGUGAGUUCAUCCGCGAUGGCUCGCACCUCCUGAUCAGCCGCAUUGUGCCCGAUGAGCAACUGAAUCGACACUUCCAGAUUCGACAGGACAACAUCGCAUGCCCCACGCCGCUCUCCCAAGCUGGAAACGCCUCUUUGUCGGUGCCAGAGGCCGGUCCGCUCAGCACGGCCCAGUUCGUGCGCCGGCCACCCUUGGGUCCCCUCGCCACGGACCACGUCCUCGUCAAGGUGGCUUGUUUCGGCCUCAAUGCCAAAGAUGUCUACGCAUUGACCGGCCGAGUCCCCACAAAAGAUGCCACCUGCGGCUUCGAGUUGACGGGGCACAUCGUGGACGUGGGCGACAAGGUACGGGAUGAAUCAUCAUUCACCGUUGGGGACCGUGUCGCAGUUAUGUACAACGGCCAUUUCAGCCCCUAUGAAGCCGUCCCAGCGUGGAGCUGUGUGAAGCUGCAGGAGAGCGAGGACUUGUCUAUUAUGGCCGGUGUCUUGGUAGCCUUCGUCACAGCCGUAUACGCGCUGGAGCACCGCGCUCAUCUGGAGCAGGGCGAGUCAAUCCUCAUCCACUCAGCCGCUGGCGCCGUCGGGAUGGCCACGAUCCAACUCGCCCAGCACCUUGGAGCGGGUGAGAUUUACGCCACCGUUGGCACUGCGGAGAAGAAGCAUUUCCUGGUUGAACGCUUUGGGCUCCGGCCAGAGAAUGUCUUCUCCUCCCGGUCCACAGAAUUUGCGGCCCAAAUCCAAACCCACACGCAGGGCCGCGGAGUAGACGUGGUCCUGAAUUCGCUGGUGGGUGACCUCCUCCAUGAGAGUUGGGAAUGUCUCGCAGAAUGGGGACGGUUCGUCGAAAUCGGCAAACGCGACAUCCUCGAUAGUGGUCGGCUUGACAUGCGGACCCUGCUCCGCGGGACCACCUUCACGGCCUUCGAUCUGGGGAUGCUAGGCGAAUCAACCUCGACGGGGAUGGCGCGUCAGUUGACGCCUAGGCUCCUUAGCCGCGUGAUGAGUCUUCUCCGUGCCGGUCAUGUCAAGCCCAUCCAGCCCUUAACCGUCUUUCCCGUGCGCGACCUGACUGCCGCCUUUAAUCACUUCAACAAUGCCAAGCGGAUGGGCAAGAUCGUCAUCUCGUUUGAAGACCCAACGCAGAUGGUGCCUGUCGUGCCCGAGCGGUUCAGCACAACCUUUUCCCCGGCCAAGUCCUACCUGCUGGUCGGCUGCCUGGGUGGACUGGGCCGGAGUCUCUCGCGGUGGAUGAUGAGUCGUGGUGCCCGCCGCUUCGUCUUUCUGGGCCGCACGGGACUGGCCAAACCUGCUGCCCGACUUAUGGUGGAACAGCUCGAGCAGGCUGGGGCACAUUGUACCGUUAUGACAGGCGACGUGAGCCUUUCCGACGACGUCGAGCGUGCGGUAGCGACAGCCAUGGCGGACGCACCUCUGGGAGGAGUCGUCCAGGCGGCCAUGGGCCUCCACGAGGCCAUUUUCAAGUACAUGCCUCGCGAGAACUGGCUCACGGGAACGCAGGCCAAGGUCCGUGGCACCUGGAAUCUCCACCACGCCCUGGGCAAGCUCGGCUGCGAGGCUGACUUGGACUUUUUUCUUCUGACGAGCUCCAUUGCUGGACAACUUGGGACGGCCACCGAGGGCAACUACUGUGCGGCCAACCACUUUCUGGACGUCUUUGCACGCUAUCGUUACAGUCUCGGCCUUCGCGCUAUCUCCCUAGGUCUGGGUAGCAUCUCCGAGAUUGGCUAUCUUCACGAGCACAGUGACAUUGGCGACCUCCUGCUCCGCAAGGGCAUCCGGCCACUUCCCGAGCAUGAGGUCCUCCAGGUGAUCGAUAUCGCCCUAUCGUCAGAGCAGCAUCAGACGAUGCGUGAUCCCCUCUCGCAAUGCCACAUCCUUACCGGGAUCGAGGAUACCGGCCUGCAGGAACAUCGAAAACAGGGGUACACGGGGUUCUGGCAGUGCUUGGAUGACCCGCGGUUCUCUGUGUUGACGAGCGCAUUGCAACGCCGGGCGGCCCAGUCCGAGGGGGCAAUCAACACCCCAGCGUCGGUCAUUCAGACAGCGCUAGUCUCGGGCGAUGAGGCGCAGCUGCGCACCGCGGUGACGCAGGCCAUCGCCAAGAAGAUGUCCAAUAUCAUCCUGUUGCCGCUGCCCAGACUCGAUCUAAAGGUCUCACUAGGUAAUUAUGGUAUGGACAGUAUGCUAGCUGCGGAGCUGCGACAGUAUAUCUUUAGCUCGAUGGAUGUCGACGUGCCGUUCUUGAUGUUGAUGGAUGCGAAGACGACGGUUAUGAGUGUGGUGGAACUUGUGGUGGAGCAGUUAGGCAAGCGAUGGAGUGAGUGA